AUGGUGCACGCCCUAACUGGACAUUGCCCGGCUCCCUUCUUGCAGGAGACGCUAUUCCCCACCGUUGGGGGAUUUAUCGAUGGUCGCUAUUGCAAAAACGUCAGCUACGGCAAUAGCACUUAUUCCUGUUGCUUGCCAUGUCCUCUUGCCGAGUGGAGAUAUGACACUGACUUGGCCGACAAAAUCAGUGCCUCGAGUUGGAUCAGCGUCGCCAUUCUCCCUCUUUGUAUCUUCUUGUUGAUUUCCUACGCCGUGCUACCAGUCAAAUGGACUCACCGUCAUUAUCUGAGUAUCGCCUUUAUCAUCCCCCUCGGCGCCAAACCAGAACAAUGCCACAAUGCAAUCACGCCCAAUGACAUGCGCUCCAAUCUUUCCUGUGCCUUCUCCGGGUCCUUGUUGUUGCUCGGGGGCUGGCUAGUGGUCAUAUGGAGUUUUAUCCGCACAAUGGCUUUCCACCUACAAGUAUGCUGGGAAAAAGUCCUAGGACCGAAGUUCAUGUGGACAGCCUUUGUCUGCGGAUUCGGAAUCCCAGCAAUCGGACUGACAAUUAUGCUGAUACUGACUGGGGUGUCAUUCCGAUUUGGCAAAAUCUGCCAUAUCAACGUAACCAACGGACUAUACGACUACUGGAUCCCAGUCAUGGUUUUCGCCGUCGCAGCCCUCUUCCUCCAACUAUCUACAAUGGUCUACUGUACCCACAUCUACCUUCGCUCUCUCUUCGACAAAUCCGCCUCAACAUCAGGCAGUUCCGGUACCAACCUCCCCUCAUACUCAGCCAGCAUCGGCACCGUGACAGCCCGACAAGCCUACCGGCGCAUACGCCGCGUCCUUAAACUCCAAUGGCGUGGCAUCGCCCUCACAUCAAUCAUUCUCGGAAACGUACUCUUUUUCGCAGUUGUCUUCAUCGGGCUCGAUAACGCCGUGGCGCCAACAGUAGAAAACGUCAAAACCGCAGCCCCCUGGCUAAUUUGCCUUGCCGAAACCGGUGAUAAAGAUCUCUGCCGCGAAUACGCCGCAGCCAUCGGCCCCAACGAAGCAACACUACUAGCAGUCGUGUUUCUGCUCUCACUCGUCGGCUUCUGGAACUUCAUCCUCUUCGCUCGUCCAUCCAUGUUCGCCGGCUGGCUGGAUCUCUUCCACCGCAAAGUGACACGCCGCAACGAGUUCGUCUCUGCGGAUGCGACCACCCGCUUCGCUGACAACAAGGGCUUCGAAAUGCUGACUACAUCUGUGAAAUCACCUGAUACAUUCAUGCGCUCGCCAAGCCCUUCCCGACUUGAUCGCAAUGCUUUCAUGCGCUCACCGAGUCCUACACAAAUGGGGCAGGACCGCAGCGCUUUCGUGCCCUCGUCGAGCCCUACGGAGAUGACUGGAUACGGCCGCAGUCCGAUCGCUAGCCCUAGCCCAAGCUCCGAGCGCAAUACUCAGGUCGCUCGUGAGGCCCGCUAUGUGCGUCCCUCCUUGAGCUUUUCAGGGCCUAGGCCGCCUACUGCACGCGAGUGGGAUCCCCAGUCUUCGUUUGCACCGGCGCACGGGCGAGAACAAGUGUAA